AUGUCUGGUGAGCAAGAGCUUCUGUACUCUGAGGCGAGGAAACUGAACCUGGGAAGCCGAUCAGACCACGUCAUCAGUCUGCUGGGGGUCUGCCUGGACCCAAACUUCGCCAUCGUGAUGCCCUACAUGGAGAACGGCUCUCUGGCCGGGCUGCUGCGGGAUGUGGACGUGCCCUGGGCCCUGAGGUGGAGAAUGGCGCACGAGAUCUCCCUGGGGAUGACUUUCCUGCACUGCCAGAACCCGCAGAUUCUCCACUGUGAUCUGAAGGCAGAGAACGUGCUACUGGAUGGGGACUUCCACGUGAAGAUCUCAGACUUCGGACUGUCCAAGUGGAAAGCCGAAUCUCGUGUCGUCACUAAAACCAGCCCGGAAGGAAGCACCAUCACGCAUGCGCCGCCGGAGUUCCAUUCGAACAUCAACCUGGUUCCCAACACCAAGUUUGAUGUCUACAGCUUUGGGGUGCUGCUGUGGGAGAUUGUUACUAGAAGGCAGCCGUAUGCACUUGCUGCCAACUCGGCCCUGAUCUCCAUGGCGGUCACCAUGGGUCAACGACCUGACCUGACCCUGAUCCCCACCGACCGGGAGGACGUGACGUCAGUGAGCGAACUGAUGCAGACAUGCUGGAGUCAGAACCCGGAGGACAGGCCCACAUUCGACGACUGUGCUGACCGACUCCGCCAUGUGAAGGACAGGUUUAGCCGGGAGGAGAUUCGACAGGCCAUCAUCACUGUGGAGAAGAUGAAGACUGCAGCUAGCAAGAAGUAA